GACUGCGAGCCUCUCAGUUUAUUAAUAAUUCACCAGCUCUCCGCUUCCCCGACCGCGGUCCAGGCAGACGCAACGGUCUUUCUGUAUAUUCACGAUUUAUUGUUAUCUGCUUACUUACGUCGUCGGACUGGGUACAUACAAAUAUAUGGUCGAUCUGUGGAAGCUUUCAUUUGGGUUUACGUAUUCUUUAUCUCUGCUGCCUCCUCUCUCGCUCAAACACCUUUGGUGUUCGCACAGAAAUCAUCGUUAUAAGACGAACUUGAUCUUUUUUUAAUCAGGUCUAAUCUCAGUUUGGAGGAGGAGGUGGAGAAGGACCAAAGGGGGUUCCACUUUUUGGUACAGGAGGAGAGGAGGGGGAUAGUGGAGAGAGCGAUAGAGAGAGGGAUGGAGAGAGAGACGUGAUGCAGUCUUAAAUCCUAGAAAGAGUCAACAGCUGAUAUUUAAUCACAUAUACGUUGAAAACAACUUACUGUCAAUCUCAAUUUCAUUCAACCUGUUUGUCACUUUUUUUCUCUUGUUUCUGACGAACCACAGACAUCGUGAACGGUAUCGGGUGAACAGCUCCGCGAGAGAUUUGGUGGACAGAGCGCGGCGUUUUGAGCCAGACUGCAAUAGCAAAUCUCCUGGAGCUCCGAGGUUGACGACUGUUUCUGAUGGAAGUCACUCGCGUUAAAAGUGAACUGAAACAUCCAGAAUGACGCCGAGGUGGUGAAGGCCUGGAUAAUCCUCCUCUCUUUCCUUUCCCUUAAGCAGAAGACUUACUUUUCAACAAAAUGUUCGCUGGGCCACAGGCCGUCUUGUUUUAAGGUUCUUUUUCUGCUUCCGGUAUCACCGAAGAAUCCAAGUCGCGCUCUCUCGCCCUUUCUCCCACUCACAGUUUUUGGAAGCUGAGCUUUUUUUUUUUAAAGGAAAAUGGGUCUUUGAGGCUGUUGGCAAAUUUCCCUGCUCCACAAUGGCAACCGAAACCUUUCUGGUGAACGAAGACCCAUCCAGAGGCCCGGGGCUGCCGGAGUGCUUCGUAGUGUCCGAUUCAUACAGGGAUGAAUUUCACCCUUUCAUCGAGGCCCUGCUGCCCCACGUGCGCGCCUUCUCCUACACCUGGUUCAACCUGCAGGCCCGCAAGCGCAAGUACUUCAAGAAGCACGAGAAGCGCAUGUCCAAGGACGAGGAGCGCGCGGUGAAGGACGAGCUGCUGGGCGAGAAGCCCGAGAUCAAGCAGAAGUGGGCGUCGCGGCUGCUGGCCAAACUGCGCAAGGACAUCCGGCCCGAGUUCCGCGAGGACUUUGUGCUGACCAUCACGGGCAAGAAGCCGCCCUGCUGCGUGCUCUCCAACCCCGACCAGAAGGGCAAGAUCCGCCGCAUCGACUGCCUGCGGCAGGCCGACAAGGUGUGGCGGCUGGACCUGGUGAUGGUCAUCCUGUUCAAGGGCAGCCCGCUGGAGAGCACCGACGGCGAGCGGCUGGUCAAGUCGCCGCAGUGCUCCAACCACGGCCUGUGCGUCCAGCCCCACCACAUCGGCGUCUCCGUCAAGGAGCUGGACCUCUACCUGGCCUACUUCGUCCACACGCCAGAAUCUGGACAAUCAGACAGCUCCAGCCAGCAAGGCGACGCUGACAUCAAGCCACCGCCCAAUGGGCACUUGAGUUUCCAGGACUGCUUUGUGACUUCAGGAGUGUGGAACGUCACCGAGCUGGUCCGCGUGUCACAGACUCCGGUUGCCACGGCGUCUGGCCCCAAUUUCUCCCUGGCUGACCUGGAGAGUCCUGGUUACUACAACAUCAACCAGGUGGCUCUGGGGCGACGUUCAAUCACUUCCCCCCCUUCCACCAGGUCUGAGGUGGAGCUAUAUGCAAGUCUUCCACGGAGCUCCAACAAGCGCAAGUCCAUCGAUGACAGCGAGAUGGAGAGCCCGGUGGACGAUGUCUUCUACACCGGCCGGUCUCCCGCCGCCAGCAGCUCCCAGUCCAGCGGCUGGCCCAACGAUGUGGACACAGUGCAGCACCAUUUGGCGAAUGUGCAGGAGAGGAAGAUAAAACAUGAAAAUGAUGGCGUGCAGUUUCCUUACCAUGAGCUCCACAGUGUAUCAGAUACAGGCUGGAGCACCAGGGGACUGUCCUCGCCUGGUUCUCUUAAGAAGCCGGGAAAGUUCGAUUUCAGCGCCCUGUCGGCCCAGACCAGAUCGCCCCGCAUGGCGUUCACCCACCACCCGCUGCCAGUGCUGGCGGGCGUGAGACCAGGGAGCCCCCGAGCCUCGGCCUCCGCCCUGCCCUUCCCCUCCCCGUCCAUCAUCCAGCAGUCCAGCCCCUACUUCACCCACCCCACCAUCCGCUACCACCACCAUCCCGGACAGGACCCCCUGAAGGAGUUUGUGCAGUUCGUCUGCUCCGACGGCUCGGGACAGCCCAGCGCACAGCCAAACGGGAGCGGCCAGAGCAAAAUGCCGGGCUCCUUCUUGCUGCCUCCACCUCCCCCAGUGGCCCGCCCAGUGCCCCUCCCCAUGCCCGACUCUAAACCCUGCAGCACACCCCCUGACGGCGGACUCACCUCGCCCGCAUCUCCGUCAUACUCCUCGCCAGGCUCCACAGCUCCCAACAGGUUUGUCAGCAUCGGAUCACGGGACAACAACUUUCUGAACAUCCCCCAGCAGACGCAGUCUUGGUUCCUCUGACAAGACCUGCGUGAAGCAAACAACAAAAAUUCUGUAUUGAAAAUAUAAAGAUAAAUUAAAUAAACCGCUCUCCAGCCCUUCUAACACCGAUGAAAAACAGAAAAUACCUGCAUGAUUUUAACAGGAAAAUAAUCUCAGCUCCAUGAACAAAGCAAAAAAAAAAACCCAGAGGAAAAAAACAUUUUAGCAGAAAAUUUUAAUUCAGAAGAGGAAGAGGAAGAUGAGGAGUCAUCUUGGAGAGCAGCAAAAGCAACCGGAAAAAUCACCCAGUUCUUUUCCUUUUAAUAUUGAGGCACAAAGGCUGAAGAAUCACGAAAACCUGCAUGUGCAACAGAUUUUAAAAAUAUGGUUAAAAAAAAUUAAAAAAAACUAUGAAUCUAGAUUUUAAAAGAACCUUGAAUUGAGAAAAUCAAAUAAGUUUUCGCAGUCAGUAUUUGGGCAUGGCCGUUCUGGCUGUUGAGCACCGUCCCUCCACAUAAUCCGCCGUCCAACUGCAAGUCCUGACGUGAUUGGUUGGAGAGAAUGAACAGUACAUUAUGUUUCGCUGCAGUCAGGAAGUUACUUACAAACCCCAUUUUAAUCAGCCAAUCACGGUGGCACAAUUCAAUGUUCAGACACCUGCGCUAAUUGACGGAUCUCCGCUUAUCCGUCGAACAAUAAUUGGCUGAAUUCACAACGAGUGACUGCAGAAGCAUCGCCAACAAAACAAGAAUUUGCUGCAUCCACAUCCACAACCCGCCACGACAAAUCGCGUUAACACUAAUCGUGUGCAAUUACAUCCCGACUCAAAUGCACUAUUGGAACAAAUGAGGGAUAGAAGCAAUUUUGCACAUCAGUGGGGGAAAAAAGCAAUGAUGUUAAAAGAGCAAAACUAAUUAAACAAAGCUUUUCUGCAGCGACGUGCCUCCGUAGCAACAUUCACUCCAACCAAUCAGCCGAGCCGUGGCCAGACAGGUCUGGCGCCUCCCCCCCACCCCCCCCCCCCCCCCUCUGGGUGAGCACAGCAGGCACACAGUCACAGAAACAGCAGGUGAGGCACUGCGCAGAUACCCAAGACUCAGGGCUGCCCUGCCAAGACCACCGCACGCACCACACGCGCCACACACCACCCCCGGGCCCUCUGCCGCACCGUGGAGUACACACCUCCGAAAGAACAUCUAAAUACACACACACGUGCACACACACCCACACACGCACAUACACGCACACGCGCACACGCACAUACACGCAGGCACGCACACGCGCACGUCAGAACACUACCCUAAGCCUUGCAUUGCACUCAGGCCUUCUCUCCCUCCACCAGAGCUGGUCUUUUAGGAGUCAGCAGCACUGGAAGGCAGUGCGUGUGGUGAGAGCAGCCCACCGUUCGCCGUUCCUCGUGUGGCGUUGCGCCGUUGAGCGGGGCUGUUGCGCAGCUACGGUCAGCAGCACAUUCUAUCUCCCAACCUUACACAGCGAGCAGGACGUGCGCGAGCGAGCCAGCAGCCGUAGCUGAGCGUGGUUCUCUCCUGCUGUCCGAAAGCCAAACUGGAACACGGGGUAACAAACAGCAACGUAUCAGCCGCUACAUAAUACAGGUUCUCUUUUCAUUUGUCCUGAUUGGGUUUUCUGUUCAUUCUUUUUCUUCUGAUCUCAAUGCUGGAUUAAGGUUUUAGUUUAUUGUUUUGCUUGUUUUAUUGGGUUUCAUUCAUGUAGUUUUUUUUUUUCUUCUCUUCACUGUGGUUUUAUUGUAUUUCUUCUUCUUUUUUUUGUUUUAAUUUGCAGGACAAUACCGUACUCUAAACUCAUUUUAGAAAUCCAUGUUUUCGUUUUUUUUUUUUUUGCAGUAGAUCCGCUCAGACUCCUCCCAUAUGCUCUUAGGAGCGCCUCUCGCAACUCUCGGAUUGGUUCGGGGGGCCGGGGGACACGGGGAUGACUGCUCUGGCAGCCAAUCACGCCUGUGAGACAGGUGGGGCCUGUGGCAGCAUGACUGGGGGUCUUGGAUGGCAGCUCUCCGGGGCUGCGUGCUAUAGAACACAAAGGGAGGAAGGGGCAGGAUGUCCAAAUCUCCACUCUGACAAAGCCCCCCCCCCUCUGCCCCUCCUCCCCAGUAACGUUUACACUUAAUGUUUACAUUCCCAGAAGCCCACGUUCCAAGAACUGGAUGAAACUGUGGAACAAAAGCCUGUUUUUGAUUUUUAUUUUAAUUUUUUUCUCCCCCAUUUCAUCGGGACAAAGAGGGAGAUCUCUGAGUUGAAUCAUAGUUUAUUUUUUUGGGGGUGGGUGGGGGGGUGUCUGACGCUGCCCCAGGCCACACAGCGAUUGGCUUCCAUUGCGGUGCGUUCCCUGCGGCCCCCGACCCAAGCCCUGCCCCCUCCCCCCCCCCCCCCCCAUCGCCGUGCUUUCAGAGAGGUGACACCAAACUGCCCUCUCUUCCUCUUCCCCAUCACCACAACUCACCCACGAAGCAGACAGCAAUCUCUCACAAACACAUCCACCUCCAGCUCAGCCCAGCAUUGAUUCGCCUUCCUAACAGUACGCAAACCACACACAGGUCACGACAUCAUCCAGCAUAGUUUAACUCAAAACACAAAACACACACCGCGGUCACAGCAGGAAAAGCACACACACACACACGCACACGCGCGUGCACACACAUCAAACCCCUGGAUCACAAUAAAGGGAAGCCUUGACAUGUUUAUUUUUUUCGGUUCUCCAAACUGCCUUUUUUCAUUGAUUUGAGAUUUGUUGUUAGUGUGAGAGAAAUUUUGAAUGCUUAUCUCAUGAAAGGCAAAAUAAUCAAACCACUGACCUCACAAAAUAACUGGACUGCCAAGCUGUGGGUUUCAUUGCAGGGAAACAAUGUUGCCAGUGAGCAGCUUUCUCCUCAGCAUCAUAGAAAAUUAGUUCCACUGCAUAAGGAUUAUAUUGACAAUGGUGAUUUCUUUUUUAAUCUAUGGAAGUGCCUCUGUAUUCCCUUUAUGCAAUUUGUUAACAUGAAUUCAGGUUCUUUUUCACACAUAAGCUAUAGAGAAUGGUAAAAUGUUAUGUCUCAGAAUCACUGGUUAAACCGGUGACCAAUCACUAAAGGAGAUUGCAAACAUCUUUAUAUAUACAUAUAUAUAAUAUACAUAUAUAUUUAUGAACAUAUACUCUUUUCUUUUGCUAUAUAAGCUCUAUGGCAGUCUAGUUAUUUUUUGAAGCCUGGCUUUGUCAGUCAGUGACAGCAUCUCUCAAUAUCUGUUCAAAUGUACCAGUACUGACCCACUGAUACACAUAUACACAACCUCCAGAAAAAGCAAGAAGAUUCCAUGGCAAGUUAAAAAACAAACAUUUCUUUUAAAAAUUGAGGGUAGAAUUGAAGAAAAAGAGUAAAACAGCCUACUUUGUUUUGUUUUUUCUUUUUUUUUUGGAUGGAAAGUAUUAUUAUUGAAAAAUAAUGUAUGUCGAUUGAGCCAUGUGCAAUGCAUUGGGUAGAUAAUUGUGUUUGUCUGUUAGAGAUUUUUAAGAAAGUUAAAAGAAAAGAGAGAAAAAAAAAUAUUUUUGUUUCAAGUCCACAAGCUCUGGGACUCUAAAUACGAGAGCGGAGAAAAAAAAGAAUCCCAGUCUUUGUAAGUUUGGGGGAAAAUUUUUUGAAUUUUUGUUUUGUUUUGUUUCACUUUUUAAUGUUUUAUUUGUAAUAAUUUGUUUUUAAAAUGUGGGAGGGCUGAAGGAACAAUUUUACAAAACAUCAAGAAAUUAUAUAUUGCUAGACGAAACUGGUGCUUUUUAUGACAUAAAGUACAUUCAAACUCUAUUAUACAUAAAUAAUAAACAAAAAUAAGCGUUAUCAUAAAGCACAUUUUAGGAAAAGAGCAUUAUUCUUCUUCUAUUCCUCUUUUUGUAUUUACUAAGGGGGGAGGGGUUCAUUUACUUCUAGGUUGUGACAAAAGGCAUUUUUCCUCAACCUUUACCCAACUUAGAGCGAGGUCAGGAGAGCUUGCAGAUUCAGCGCUAUAAUCCCCCAGAGCCACGCAACAGAACAGAGGAGGCUGUUUCAAUAGCAAGCUAAACGUAGCCUCCGGUGGCAUGAGCGAACAGUCCCAGAGUUCAGUGGGUCAAGUGUCUCUGUGACGAAAGCCAGGUCAGCAUAACCCAUGUGUCGUGCUGCAGUGUUUGAAGAUCUGAGCUGUACCCAGCCCAUCAGUCAUCGUGACCAGAAUUGCCCCCCACAUAUCACUUAUCAUAUGUUCACAAGAACACUGCCAGUCCAUCACCUUUUUUUUUAUUUUUAUUUUUUUUAUACAUUUGAAGUGGUACCCACAAUGAAAAUCACCCACGUUCAUGCUGAGACACAGACAAGAGCUUCCCUGAUUAGGAAGAUGCAUCAAAAAAUUUUAUCCUGUCCUAAAUGUGCCAGCAAAGCAGAGAAAACUGAUCUAAAGUCCACAUGCUUGGAGAGAUGGGAGAUGUGAAACGUGAACUGAUUUUUGGUAGAUUUUGUAGACUCCCAUCUCAGUGCAAGCAUUGGCAACAAGCAAAAAAAAAAAAAGAGAGAGAUAUUGAAUUUCACAUUUGGGAAUUAAAAGCCCAAAAAAAUGAUAAUCAUGUAUUUUUAAAAAAAUGGAACCUUCCCUUCUCUCUCAGCCUUUGAGUGUAAAUGAAAACUGAAAAUAAAGUUGUGUUUUGUGAUGUAGUGUAGAUUCUGAGCAUUUAAAGGUUGUCCCUUAAAAGUGCCUUUUGUUCACAGACUCCAUCUUGUAAUCCAGAGCGCCCUUCUAAAAAAAAACCAGUCCCCUCCUUCUUACUGUCCUAUAUCCUCUUCUAGCUUUUCAAAGCCGUAUAUAUAGUACUAAAGGAAAUUGGUGUGAUUUAGUUCUUUUUAUUGUUAAAUGAAAAAAAAAAAAAGCAAAAAAAAUAUAUAUCUGUCCUUCCUUUCUUGCUUUCUUUCUUUCCUUCCUUCCGGCUUUCCUCCUCUCUUGGACACUGGAGUAGUCUGUAGCUGUGUGUCUGUCUCUGUUUCUCCCCUUCUCUGAGUGGAGGGGGUUUUUAAAAAAAUGGCAAAAACUUUGUCUGAGCAGAAUGCAGUUAGCUCACAUGUUAUUCUUGUCUGUGCGCUUCACAAUGUAUACCAUACCAAUCUCUUCAGCUUCUCCAUUGAACAGCUAAAGUACGUGAACAAGUUACACCAGUGGGCUCUUGGGGGUGGCAUGGGGAGGGUGUGUGAGGGUGGGGGGGUUUCUGUGUUCUGGGUGGGGGGGGGGGGGUUGAGGACAUAUUGUCUGCUUUCAGGGGACAAAAUAACAUACAGUGAUACUCCUCUGGUGGGGAGGGAGUGGCGGUGAAGGGGCUGCUGGGAUAGGAGAGGACAGUUUGUCAUUUCAUUUUUUUUUUUUUGGUUUUUUUUUUGCUGGUAUGUUUUUUGAUCUUCAAUUUGUUUUAAAUUUGUUCAAAUUGUUUUUGAUCUUCGUUUUGCUUUAACAGUUUCUUUUGUUGUUGUUGUAAUAUACUUUUCAUUAGCAAGAUGUCAAGAUGAGAACGGGAUGCUAAAAAAAUGCAUGGCACCUUUUUAGUGGUUGUAGGGAAACAUCUCAAAAAUUUAUCAAAUAAAUGAAACCACUCUAAGCACCUUAUGACAGACUGUCCAAAUGCAUGGCUGGGUGAAAGCUCAAACCAGUACAGUCCCGUACAAGGGCCUUUUUAAUGCCAGCCCCCACAUUACUAUUUGAAACAAAAACCCUUCUGCAAGAAUCAAACUGUCCUAUCCGCUCUAACCACUUGCAGACUUGAUCUGUUUAGUUAAAUCUGGCACUCCAAUCAUUCUACUGGCAAAAGAACAGCUAUAAUGCUCCAUCUAAACAUUUCCUGAGCGGUUGCACGGGGUGGGUUUACUCUAUUCUGAUUUAUUCUGCGAAGCCAGCAGCAGUAUUAGCCGCGAGAGGUGAUUGGCUGCAGUGAGCGAGCCUGGGGGGUGGAGCAUUGACCUCUCCUGCUGUGUGGGGGGUUUGGAAAUGGCCCAUUUGACGGUGAGCAGCCCUGUCCUAGCUUUGUGCCAGAUGUCCAUUUUUUUAUUUUUAUUUUUUUCCAUUUUUUGUUUCAUAUUUUUUAUUUAGCAUGUAGCACCGUUUAGCGACACACAGACAGAUCCUCAGCUGGCCCCGCCCCCUCUCUGCCUACAGAGUAGAGUCCAUGUCUCAGAAAGCACGCCCCCAGGGCUCAAGGUGAAAUGCAUGUGUUAAUUACAGUUUCUUUUCCAUAAUAAUAAAAACAGUUUGAAAAGAGCAGCACUUUUAACUGAUUAAAUAAAAGGAUGUUCUUGACUGUAA